AUUAUAUAUUAGUCACUUUCGAAAUGGAACGAGUUUUCUAUACAAUCAACAAGACCACUGUCCUAGACUAAUUUUAUUUCUUUAUAUGUCCGACAAAAUACUUUACGUCAGCAAGUUCGUUACCGGACCCCACUACCUACCUUUUUUGCCCAUAAAUACCACCGCCCUAUGCUGCAAUUCUUCCCUUUUCUCCUCCUCCUCCCUCCACCGUCUACAAUAAGUUUUCCGGCCAUGCUGUCCACUUUUCCGGCCAUGCUGCCGUCCGACCCCAUCCUCGACAACCCGUUUCUGUCCUUCGGAAAUGGGUUUCCCCCAUGGGACUGCCCGGACCUCUUCCCGGCCGUCGAAACACCGCCGAGACCCCUCUAUUCGAGCUCCGGCUCCGAUGACCCGAACCCCAACCAAGACAACCCCUCGAACUCGAAUUCCUCUUCGACCUCGAGCGAGCAAAACCGGGCCUCGCCUGUGGUGGACGAGCGUAAGCGGAGGCGAAUGAUAUCGAACCGGGAGUCGGCGAGGCGGUCGCGCAUGAGAAAACAAAAGCACCUCGAGAACCUGCGGAACCAGGUGAACCGGCUGAGGGUCGAGAACCGGGACCUCACGAACCGGCUGCAUCUGCUGUUGUGCUACGUCCAGCGCCUCCAGAUCGAUAAUGACCAGAUGCGGUCGGAGCACGUUAAGCUCCGGCAGAAGCUAUCGGAAAUAUGCCACGUCUUGCUUUUGCAGCAACAAGUGCACCAGCAGCAUGGCCAUGCAACGUCGUGACUGUUAAUGUUACGCCGGAACAAAUCCCAUCAUUAAUCACGUAAUUUAAGAGCUAUAGCUAAAUAAACUCAUUGAAACUACUCAAGAAGAAGGACUCUCUCUCUCUCUCUCUCUCUCUCUCUCUCUCUCUCUCUCUCUCUCUCUCAAGUUGCUAGAACAGAGAGUAUCUGUGGGUUUUAAGUGAUGAUUAACUUUGGACAAAUUUGGGGUAUUGGUCAAAACAGGGGUCAUUACUUGUAAGAAAAUUUUAGUAGUGAUUGGUACAUUGAAUA